GUACGGAACAUUGGACAUUUUUGCAAGCUAUGGGUGUCUAUGAUGUCGCUUAUCCCAGCACACAAGUGCAGUCUUGCCAGGAUGAGCAGUGGAAAUCCUUCAAGCAAUCAAUGUCGUUGUCUAGAAGCAGACCGAGAUCGGAGGCUGGGUGCCAGCGUUAUGGCAAAUGCCAGUGGCACCGCUGCCGCAGCAGUAAACACCACUGCAGCAGCGGAAAGCAGCUUGGUCGCAAUACUCGCCAUCAACACGGCACUGGGCCGAGUUGGUCAGAAGCUCGGCGGGUACUGCAACGGCUGUAGUGGCUGCCACAAACAGCAUGGAGAUGAGGAUGGUAGCCUUCAUGAUUUUCCGGGAAGUGGAGACUUGGAAGGUCGUGAGAAGGUUGUGAAGUUGUGAUGAGAGAAUGCUUGCACUGAGUCAGAUACUUCCGUUGCUGAUUUGGAGGUUUCCUGGUAUACUUAUACCCCCGUCAACAACACCAUUGUUCUGAUGAUGAGUUGUGCGAGGUCUUGCCACUGAGUUCCCAUCCACAACACGCGGGCUUCGCCCUGGUGAAUCCUCACC